UAUUUCAUAAUAGUUACUAGUGAAUUUUAACAAAAAAAAAAUAUAAUGAGUGCAAUCCAACUCAGCUACAUUCAUACAUGAAAAUUUAAUUAGAGAAUAACAAUAAAUCAAUAGCAUUCCUCAAUACAGAUUACAGAGUAUGUAAUUAUGUAUUGCCCUUAGCUAUCAACCGUAUGGUAUACCCGACCAUAACCGCGCCGCAACCUCUUAGCAACCAUUGUGGGUGUAAGCAACCCGUUUUAUGUACUGCCUUCAAAUUUGACUCCCUUCCCCCCAAAAUUGAUUCCCUUCUUCCCCAGAGAAAAAACAGAGUAAGAUGAGCAUCGCAUCAAGAGUACCAAUCUGCUCAAAACUCCUUCGUUUACUCAAACAUCAAAACCCUCAAAAUCACGCCUAUUUCCUUCACUCAUCCAUCGAAAACCCCUCAAAUGCUGAAUCGCCUAAAAUAGACCUUUCAUCAUCAUCUUCAAUUGUAACCCAAAUCGUCGAAAUCCUCAAAUCCAACGAUAAUGAAAGCUGGAAGACAAACCAAGAGCUUUCUAAUCUUCUCUUCUCAGAUUCUAAUUCUCUCUCCUCCAAUCACAUCCUCCAAAUCACUCGUCGUUUGGGCGAUUCUUCAACAGCCCUCAAUUUCGUCGAACACCUUCGCUCCAAUUCUCCUUGCCCAGAUGAUAAUCUGCUUUCUUCUGCAUUUCAAGCUGUUUUUGAGCUUGCUUCUCGAAAACCCAGUUGGAAAGAGAAGCUCUUCGACCUCCUUAACACUUCCAUAGAGAUGGGUGUUCCUUUGAAGGUUAAUUCUGUUAUUCUUUUCAUUCAAUGUUUAGGGCGGGUUGGAAUGACUGAGAAACUAAUGAUGAUGUAUAAUGAAUUAGAAUCCCAGUUGAAGAUUACCCAUGUUCGGAAUGCGUUGAUUGAUCAGCUUCUUAGAAAUGGGUGUUUUGUUGAUGCACUCCAGGUGCUCGACGAUAUGCUCCAACCAAAUGUGGAUUUCCCGCCAAAUUCAAACACUGCUGCAAUUGUUUUUUCGGUGAUGUUGGAAGCUAGGAAGCACGGAAAGGGGUUAUCUUGGGAGGAACUUGUGGAGCUAGCGUUGAAGUUUGGCAGACACCGCGUGUUUCCUGAUACUGUUCUGUUGACGCAAUGGAUUACUGAACUCUGUAGGGCUAGAAAGAUUGACAUGGCUUGGAAGCUUUUGAUAGCUUUCAUGGAAUUGGAUGGACCUGUUGAAGUUGCACCAUAUAAUGCCUUGCUGGCAGGUUUGGCAAAAGACCGCCAAUUUAAAAGAAUGGAAGAAUUAUUGGAAGAGAUGCUGGCGAAAGGCAUAAGUGCUAAUGUUGUGACUCUUGGGAUUAGUAUCAAUCACCUUUGCAAGUCUUUUAAGAUUGAUGAAGCGAUCAAUUUGUUUGAGAAAAUGAGGAACGGUAAGAUAAGUGCACACAUUGAGCCGGAUGUAAUAAUCUAUAAUACUCUCAUCAACGGGCUAUGUAAAGUUGGUCGUGCAGAAGAAGUUUUAGCUAUGAUGAGAAAGAUGAUAUCAGAAGGUAAAUGCUCCCCAAUUAGUAGCACUUAUAAUUGUCUGAUUGAUGGAUUUUGUAAAGUUGAUGAGGUUGAGAGAUCUCUUGAAUUGUUUGAUGAGAUGGAGAAGCAAGGAGUUCAACCAAAUGUUGUUACUAUUAAUACUUUAGUGGGUGGUAUGUGCAGAGAUGGUAAAGCUGGUAAUGCGCUCAAGUUCUACCGUCAGAUGGAAGGAAAGGGGCUAAAAGGAAACAAAGUAACUUAUACUACGUUGAUUAGUGGUUUCUGUGGUGUAAAUAAUAUCAAUAAAGCAAUGGAGUUGUUCAAAGAAAUAAGACAAACAUGUGCAUUAGAUGCCAUUGUGUACUAUAGCCUGAUCUCUGGCUUGUCCCAAGCAGAGCUUAUGGCUGAUGUUGAGUCAGUUUUAUUCGAGAUGAAAAGUGCUGGAUUUCUCCCUGACAUUCGGUGUUAUAAUGUGAUGAUCAACGGCUUUUGCAAGAAGAAUAAGUUGGAUAAAGCUCAUCAGUUGUUGGAGGAAAUGAAAGAGGUUGGACUUGAACCUGAUAGUAUUACCUACAAUACUUUGAUCUCAUAUUUCAGCAGAACCGGGGACCUGAAACCAGCUCGUAGACUGCUUAUACAGAUGGUUGAAAACAAGAUUGCUCCUACAGUUGUCACAUUUGGAGCACUAAUUUAUGCAUGUUGCAGGGCGGGAGAGCUUGAUGAAGCCAUGAAAAUUUUUAAGAAAAUGAGUUCAUCCAGCAGGACUCCUCCCAAUACUGUAGUAUACAAUGUCUUAAUAGAUGCUCUUUGCCAGAAGAAUGAGUUGGGGAAAGCACUCUCUCUUUUUGAAGACAUGAUAGCCAAGGGCGUGGGACCAGAUUCGAGUACCUUCAAUGCCUUAUUCAAAGGCCUACGAGACGAGAAUAAGCUUGAUAAAGCUUUAGAGCUUAUGGGGAAAAUGACUGAAUUGGAUUGUCAUCCUGACUAUAUAACCAUGGAGAUACUCACAGAGUGGCUUCCUGCAGUAGGCGAAGAUGAUAAACUUAAACAGUUUGUAGAAGUAUACAGGUGACUCUGUAUGAAGAGUGGCUUUCUGGCAAUGAGAGGUUCUACUUCGCAUCUUGUAGAGGAAGAUGCUUUAAUUUGUCGCUCUUUAAAUAAGUGGAACUUCAAAUUUUCUAAUCACGUCUAACCAAAAGACCACUCCGGAUUACAAUUCAGUGUUAGUAAGCUGUAUGAAGCCAAGGUACAUGGUACGCAGAGAAAAGAUGCUGCAACAUCGCUAUUAGCUGCCCGUUCAACCCACCACAUUUAACUGAAAGUUGCGUUUUAGGCUCAGCUGAUUUAGGGAGCUGAAAGCCAGAGCUCAAAGUCCCCUUUUUCUGAGAGGAUAAAGUGAUGUUGUACCAACAUUUCCGUUGGGUUGAUUUUCAGUCAUUCAGCAAAGAUGCAGACACAGUAAGGGAAACCCUUGUCUGCAAUAAGCACGAUGUAGAUGUAUCGGUUUUUAUUUUCUAUGAAAAGGACUAUUUUUGUGCUGCAAUCCAAUAACCGUAGUCUUAAUUCUUAAUUACUUUCUUCAACAUAAUACUCGUAUUAAGUUGGGAAUUUUGUUCAGU